AUGAGCACAGUCGCCACACAGGGCAGCGAAAAUGCCGCCAAGCCGUACGACCAGUUCCUGCUCUUCGGAGACUCGAUCACGGAGAUGAGCUACAACCAGGCCCUCGGAUUUGCCUUCGGUGCACAGCUCCAGGAAGUCUACAGCCGGAGACUGGACGUGAUCAACCGAGGAUUCGGUGGUUAUACAACUGCCCAUGCCAUCCAGGUCCUCCCCCAUUUUUUUCCGGCGCCCCAGACGGCCAAUCGGGAAGUGCAACAUUGUGAUCUAACAUCAAUCGAUCAGACUAUUUUUUUCGGUGCCAACGAUGCCUGUGUCCCCACUCAUGAGCAGCAUGUUCCGGUGGCCGUGUACAAGGAGAAUCUGCAGAAAAUCAUCCACCACCCGCUCGUCCGUGCUCAGGACCCCCGCAUCAUCAUCAUCACCCCCCCGCCCGUCAACGAGUACCAGCUAGAGGACUUUGACAACGUCAAGGAAACACCUCAUCCAAGUCGGACGGCCGAGUCGGCUAAACGAUAUGCCGAGGCAGCCAAAGAAGUGGGCGCAUCCUUGAACGUCCCGGUAGCCGAUGUGUGGUCGGAAUUCAUGACGGCAGCUGGCUGGCAAGAAGGCCAGGCCCUCGUCGGCUCUCGAGAUGUGCCAAACAGUGAAAAAUUUGCCAGCCUGUUCACUGAUGGCCUGCACUUAACCCCUGAGGGGUAUCGUAUUGUUUUUGAUGAAGUUUUGAAGGUAAUUCGCGCCAAUUACCCAGAUCAAGCUCCCGAAGUCCUUUCUAUGGUGUUUCCUGCUUGGGGAGUGGCCCCGAAGUGA